AUGUUAGAAGACCCCCUAGAUUCUCGAAGGGGUUGUCUUCGGGCUCCAGUAAUUCUUAGUCUAGAGGGUGUUCAUCCUAAGAGAGGAGCAGUGGAAGUGGUUCAAGACCAAGCUUUUUCAGAGGGUAGAUCAAGUGCUUCAGGUAAGUACAUUAUUAAGGGUCAAUUGUUGGAUGUGUUGUUUGAUUCGGGUGCUACGUAUUCUUUUGUAUCCCUGGACUGUGUGAAGAGUCUGAAUUUGUCUGUGACUGAAUUGCCGUGCAAUGUUGUGAUGACUACCCCUAAGGGGAUGGAUUGGCUAGCUGCCAAGUAUGUGCUGUUGGACUGCAAAGAGAAGACUUUGAUUUUUGGUGCGUCAAUGUUAGAAGUUCCAAGGUUUUUGAGCCAAGGUGCGUGGGAGAACACGAUAAAUGCUAAGGCCUUUAUGGUCAUGUUCUCAAUAGAGGCUGAUAGUGUAGUAGAGCUAGAGUACAUUUCGGUGGUGAGAGACUUCUUGGAAGUCUUUCCCAAAGACGUUUCAGAAUUGCCGCGUGAGAGGAAGAUAGAAUUUGCCGUUGACCUCAUUCUAGGAGCAAGUCCGAUUUCUAUGGCACCAUAUAGGAUGUCAUCGGUAAAGUUGGUAGAGGUUAAAAAGUAA